UGAUCCUUCUCUGGAACUCUCUUAUCAUAUAUUUUUAUAAAAAGUUCUACAGAAAAUGGCUGAAAAUUUUGCUUUUGUUUUGUUCGGAACCAAAAUUUCUAAACACAAUGGUGAUACUCCCAUUCUGCUAAUCGACCAUGAUACUGCAUCAAUCGCUUCUCUCACUCCAAUGCUUAAACAACAUUCGUACAAGGUGAUAAGUGUGAAUGUGGCAAGUGAGGCUGUAUCAAUGCUCGAAAAACAGAAGGACAUCGUACUUGUCAUCGCCAACAAUGAAAUGCCUCAUAUAGAUUCGCAUUCGUUUUACACUUCUUUGCUGACCAAAGAUAUUCCUUUGAUAUUGAUCAGUUCAGAGGGGAAGAGAAACAAAUCAUCAAACUCUUUGGAAAAAAGAGCGUGUUAUUUCCUAACAAGGCCUAUUCAUGAGAAAGAUAUCAAUAACAUGUUGCAACAUGUCUUACCUAAUAAGAGCCAGAAGUUAGAAAAAAUAAGCAUACCUAAUAAUGCUGAGGCCUUACUGCGUAUAAAUCAGAUGAAAGCUUUCAGAGAAAAUCUUAGGAGACAGAGAACAGAAGUAAAUAAUAUAGAGAGUAAAGUUAGAAGAUGCAGUAAUUUAUGGACUUGUGAGAAUCACUUGAAGUUCUUGUCUGCUAUCUCUAACUUGGGUGACGGUACAGUUUUAUUUCAUUGUUGACCAUUAUUUUUUUGCUUCAUUCAUAUUCUUCUACUCUUUUAUUCUACAGAUUCUCAUCCCAAAUCCAUAUUGAGUAUUAUGAAUGUUCCAAAUUUGACUCACCGGGAAGUCGCUCGCCACCUUCAGUCUUACAAAGCUAAAGUUGAUCGAAUGAAUGAAACACUAUCGAGGAAAGAGUGGAUACCAACAAAUAAAACAUUUGAAUACCCUUCAGACUACAAAUAUCCUUUCACAUUAUCCAACAUAGCAAAAAAUUUAUUUUCAGGUAAGAACCUUAUUAGGUAAAGGGAUACAAAGCUAAAGUUUUAUCUAGGAGGGCAAAUGGACUUAAGCAAUAGCCAGUGGCAGAGGUAGUGAAGCAGUGUGGGGUCAUAUGACCCCCCUAUGAAAUUAAUAUUAUCUCUAUUGUUAAUGUAAUUUUGAAUGAAGUUGGUGAAAUAUUCAGAUAAAAUUAAUGUCCCCUAUGUAUGUGUUAAAUCUUCCAAAUGCACUUACUAUUUUAUUUAUUUUGUUUUAUGAGUUAUAAGGAAUUUGUCCGUGUUUCAUUCGUAGAUUUUAAUUUUUGAAGUGUUUGAAUUGACAUUUGUUUUUAGUUUCAAAAUCCUUAUAUAUUAAAUUAAAACAGAAAGACUUUUAAAAAAUAACCUUAAUUUUGUAUGUUAUUAACAAAUUUUUUAUUAUGCUUAUGUAUCACACCACGAGCCUUCUAAUACCAUAUAUUAACUAACCCUCUACUUAUUAGAAAUAUUACGACAUAUGCCAUCAACAUAAUUAUCUAUCAUUUAUUCUUUAUAUUAAGUGUUAUGUAUAUUUGGUUCUACAGAAGGCGACAACAUAUGCAAUAAAUCAAAGUUAUUUUCUAAUAUUUUUAAAAGCCAACCGUAUGAACAUCUACAAAUAUUUUUCCAGAGGAAUCAUUUCAACAAUAGACAUAUAUACAACCUUUUAUCAAAUAUAUUAUGAUAAAUAAUUUAGAAAAUUAGAUUUCCGAACUCAAUUUUCUUAGUCUAUGGAAAGAAAAAUCAUUGCAGUAGAUGAUGAGUAUAUUAUUUAUUUUUAUUAUAAUACAUACAGACUUCAUUAAAACCAUAUAUGUAAGGAGUUGAUGUAACCAAUUUCAACCAUUUAGUUUAUUUGUUACAUGAUCAAAAAGUAAUAAUAUAAAACAUAUUUAAAAAUGUAACAUGAUUUUAUUUAUGCACAUAAUAUUCACGUAUAGAAAUAUUUUAGUUUAGAUUUAUAGUCAUAUAAAAUUGUUAAAUAUAAUUGUAAUUUUAGUGCAUUUCCAAAAAAAUUUGCUGCGUAUUAAACAUAUUAGCGCAGUAAUAUAUCUAUGUGAUUUUUGUUAAAUAUGUUAACUCUACGAUAACAUCAAUAUUCUAUAUUACUUUCAAAUGGAAUACACAUCAAAAUUGCAAAAUCAUAUUUUCAUGUCAAACUGCAAAACCACAUUUUUCCAUCACUAAAAUGAGUGUAUUGAUUCAUUUGGAAUAAUAACGAUUUAGCUACUAUUUUCAGCCAUGACGCUAUAAUCAAAGAUGUUUUACUUUUGUGGCUACUUUUCUAUAGCCACAGAUUUUCGCUUUAUAACCACAAAAUCUUGAUGGCUAUGGCGUACAUUUUUACCAUAGUAAUGAAAGCUAUAAUGGUUGAAGCUAUCACUAGUGAUACUUCAGUAACACUUCUUUUAACUCCAUCAAAAGAUUUUAAGUACUUUUUUGCAUUGAUGAUCAUAUCACUAAAAUAAGUAGAUUGUUGCAUUUCAGCAUUUGGAAUAUGAGAAAUUGAGAAUGCAGAUUAAAACAAUAUUAAUUUAUGGAUAGAGAGAUCUGGGUUUAAGAAGAAUGGCUGAAUGGAAAAAUGAAGUUUUAAAGUAAGCUGUUAAUCAACCCCUGGUCACGAGGUACAAAUCAACAUUCAUUCAGAAGAAUCGUGUUAAGGUUUCUUUAAACGCUCGCUGUCCCGAACAUCGAGGUCUCGCCGCAUCCCGCUUUGCUUGACGCUGGCGGUGCCCCUGUCCGUGCUAAGCCCUGCCGACGAGCUCCACUGUACCUCCGCUCGUUCCGGUGAGAUUUUGGAUGUCAGCACUCGAGUAUCACACCUGACGAAACUCUAAUCGUUAGAUUAGUGAACUUUUGUUGGGUAUGGGCUUUAGCAAGUGGGUUGGGUUUCAGGCCCAAUUGCAGGUCACACACCUUUUUGUUCUAUCAACUAGACAUCUGUAAAUCAUCCAGUUGGAAAAUACAGUAUAAGGUCAAAUAGUAGAGUAAAUAUGUUGCAAUAAAAAAGAAGACAUGGUUGUUGACCUUUCGGUUUUAAGUUGGCAAUAUAGUUAGUGUUACAAAAAAAAAAGUUGGCAAUAUAGUUAAUAAUAUGUGGUCAGAUGGUCAAUUAAUAUUUUACUGUAAAAAUUAAGAUACAAUUUUUUCUUUUGGAAAUUAGUUUUAACCUUAGUUUGACCAUAAUUUUUUAUAUAUGUCCAUGCAGUUGUUUCCCCUUUCUUCAUCUUGAUCUUUUUCUCGAACUCUCUGAUCAGAAUUCUUUUUGUAUAAAACAUUUCUAUAGAAAUGGCCAAAGAAAUUGCUUUUGAUGUUACCGGAAACAAAAUUUCUAAUUCCAAUGGUGAUACUUUCAUUCUGCUAAUCGAUCAUGACAUUGCAUCGAUCUCUUCUCUCACUUCAAUGCUUCAACAACUUUCUCACAAAGGUAAAGAUCUUGUUACUCGUUAUAAAUUUUCUUUUAUUUCGCUGUUUAUAUAAUAGUUAUCAUUUUUCUAUUCACAUAUUUAUUAUAUCCAUUUAUAAAUGAUUUCAUCUAUUAUGUUAACAUUAUGAUUCAAAAUACAUAGAUUUGUGGUUAUUAAUAUUUGAACUAAUUUGAUAAAUCUAUUUAAGCUAUAAUUAAUUAUUUUAUUAAAAAUGUAUAAAAAAAUAUAACAUUUUAUCUCAAUUUUAGUUAUUCAUUUGAAUUUUUAUGGUAUUCCAUUAUAGAAAAUAUAUGAAACUAAAUUUAUCUAAAUAUAAUAUGUUAGAUUAGCAUGAAAUAUAAUCAACAAUACAAAUCUUAACUAUUAUUUUUAUUUCUGAAGAUAACUAAAGGUCUAAUAAGAAAAAAAUUGCUUGUUUUCUUCAACAUUUGGUUUUGAACUUUUCAAAAAACUAAUAUAUAAAUUGAUGUAUUAGUGAUAAGUGUCAAUGUGGCAAGUGAGGCUGUAUCGAUGCUCAAAAAACAGAUGGAUAUCGUACUUGUCAUCGCCAACACUGAAAUGCCUCAUAUAGAUUCACAUUCCUUCUACACUUCUUUGCUGACCAGAGACAUUCCUUUAAUAUGUACGCUUAUUUAAUGCAUCAUCUUACUAUUUUGUUCAUUUGUUUAAUGUAUAUGGUAACUUGUUUUUUUUUUAUCUUGUACAUGUUAAAAAGUGAUCAGUCCAGAGGGAAAGAAAGCUAAACCAUCAAACUCUUUGGAAAAAAGAGCGUGUUAUCUCCUAGAGAAGCCUAUUUCUGAAAAAGAUAUCAACAACAUGUUGCAGCAUGUCUUAUCUAAUAAGAGCCAAAAGUUAACAAAAAUCAGCAUACCUAAAAGUGGAGGGGGCAAUAUGGAGAAACGUAUAAAUCAGAUGAAAGCUUUCAGAGAAAUCCUUAGGAGACAGCGUCCAUCAUCUUUUCUAGGAAAACCAUUGUUAAAAAAAUCAGCGUACCAAGAAAGAAGAAAUAUAGCAAAUGUUGAAAGGAAAAACAAAACUGUGUAUCCUGUUGAGUUUGAAAAUAAGAGAAAUGAAGGAAAUAAUAUAGAUAGUAACACUGGAAUACGCAAUAAUUUCUGGACUUAUGAGCAUCAGAUGAAGUUCUUUUCUGCUGGCGCUAACUUGGGUGAAAAAGGUACGAUUUUUAUUUCAUUUUGACAAUUUCUUCUUUGUUUCAAUCAUAUUCUUUUACUCUUCUAUUCUGCAGAUUCUCAUCCAAAAUCCUUAUUGGGGAUUAUGAAUGAUCGAACAUCGAAGAAUGAAUAUCCUUUCACAUUAUCCAACAUAGCAAAGAAUUUCUUUGCAGGUAAUAACUCCGUGGGAAUUCUCUUAAAAGGGAGAACUCUUUAUCAUCACUCAUCAUUCAUCACUCAAUGCAAAUAUGCGUAUUUCAUAAAAUUUCAGAUAAGAACCGGAUUAAGGAGAGGGAUACAAUGGCGCUAAAGUUUUAUCAAGGAACAAAAAUGGACUUAAGCCGUACCUCUUGGUUUGGUAAUAUACCAAACAGUUCAUCCAUGGAAGCAGAUCGUGUACCUGCGGCCACAAGUAACAUCCCACCUUGCAACAUUUCUCCCACUGAUACUGUUAGCCAUACCAAUCUGGUUUCAACUAGCUUAAACGAUAACAAUUUUCUUGACCAUUCUGGCCUGCCAUCAAGCGUUGGUACAUCUAACUCAGGUGCGUUUGAUAAGUUAUAUGCUUCAAUAUAAUUCUAGCACGUUUCAGUUUCUAAACUAGUAUAAAUUAGAUGUUCUUCCUAAAUUUAAUUUGAACUUACUCUUCCGCAAGACUAAUCCAGAUCAGUUGGGUUGUGUUUCUUUAGGAGAAAUGUGUGCUACUUCUGAAGAUAUGAUUCUAUCUACAGUUCAAAAUGAUGUUAUCCAUUGCGAACCAAGUCAUACUUCUCUGAACAGUGAGGUCACUCUUCAAAGCAAUAUGACACUUCCUCAAACCAAUAUAAUUGAUAUAGGUAAUACUUCUUUUAGAGAAUGCUAUGUUAUUCCUAAAGAUAUGAUAUCAUGUGAAACUGAUAUGACUCUUGAGAGUUUGGUCUCUGGUGGAUUAAAUUGUGGAACUUAUUAACUAGUAUGACCAUUCUUGGAACCAAUAUAAACAUAUGAACCAGAUUUCUUCUUAAAAGGUUAUGUUAUUCCUAAAUAUAUGAUUCCUCUAAGACUAAUACAAAUUUAUUUCUUUGUGAAAUAAAUUAUGCUGCUCUAGGUAAUGCGACUCCUCUUGAAACCAACAUAGAAGAUAUAAGCCAGUUUCAACAAGAUGCAUGUUAUGAUUUGCCGAUUGAAGAUUUGAUUUCUUUUGACACUGACGUUCAUGAGAUGGACAUGCAGCAUGUGUUAGGAAAUAAUGGUUCUUCUGAGGUGAAUAUUUUGCCCAACACUCAUGUCGGCCAUGAGGAUUGACGACAAGUUUUAAAUGAUAAGUAUAUGUUUAUUAGUGAUAGAGAAUAAAUGAAUAAACCAAGACAUUAAAUGAUAUUGGACUUGUUUUAUAUAUUGCAAGUGCAUUUUACAUAAAUAAAAAAACAAUAUAUUGCAUGAACAUUUUAUAUUCGUUUUGUAUGUCAAAAAUACAUAUCAUACUAGUGCAUGUGCAUUAUUUACAUAUAUAUAAUAACAAUGUAGAUUUCAUAAUUUCUUUAGACUCUCAGUAAUCUUCAGGUAAAUGCGUAUUCAAACACUUAGUUAUAAUUAUAUAUCUCAUUAACUUUGGUUUGUUCAUAUUAUAUGUUUUCUUGGUUGUAAUUUAGAACGGAUGAAGGCUAUCUACUGUCAAAGGGUUCGAAUGCAUCAAAUUCAUUUCAGUAUCAAGUUCUUUGUGUUGUGCCACAUAUAUUUAACCAAAAAUGCAAAUCAUAGCCUCCCACAAAACUCUAACUAGCAUUGUAAAUUCAUUUCUGUAUCAAGUUUCUUGUCUAUAUUAUUUUGCAGUACCUUGAAGAAGUUGGAUGGCCGAAGCAGGCUGUGUUAUGCUUGCACACAGCCAAAACGCCUGGUUGUCAAGGUUGAUUUUCUCUCCUGCACCACAUCAUGCAGCUAAGUCUGAAUAUUAGAGUCUCGAAUAUGGAUAUUCGUUAGAAUUUUUGGUUAAUCCCACACCUAAUUUAACAAUUUGAUUACUGUUGCUCCAAGAGAGUUGCUGACGAGAUGAGAGUCAAGCUUGAGGACGAAUUUGGUUAUACCAUUUGAUUCAUAGGCUAUACAACUUCGGUAGGGAUUCUUAUUUUAAGCUUAAACUAAUAUCAACAGGAAGCUAUGUUCAGGAAGGUUUCUGCAAUCAUCAAAUUGGAUACAAAAAUUUAUAUUAAGACAGCAGCGGAACUUCUCAUGCAACGUAAAAUAUUUCGUCUCUGAGAAGAUCUCUGUGUAUAUGUGUUAUCAGUUCAUGAAGCUAACUGCAAGUCUCGUUUACAGGUGGGAUUUUAAAGCUCUUGAAGAUGCACUAUGUAAACGUAUUAUAAUCACACCCGAGGAAGUUGACAAGUGAAGUCUUGCUAAAGACCGAUUGUUCGAUUGGUAAUGGAUCUUUAUAUAUUUGAUGCUAACUGAAUAUCCCUAGUUAUGUGUAGAUUGAUAGACAAGAUUAUAAAAGCCAAUCGGGCAAGAUGCUACUGCUAUCAUAUUUGGAACAAAAUCAAUCCCAAACAUAAAUGAAUACCAAAACAAAGUUAAACUUCAAAAAAUAUCUACAAGUAAACUACACAUAUCAAAAGCAUAUAUGAACCUAGUAAGACAAGACGGUCUGUCAAUUCUCAAUGCCUUUUGAGAAGAUUAGUGACUAGGAAAAGAGCAGAUAAAUCUCUAUUACACAUUGGGUCUAACUACUGUUUUUUCAUUAAAAAAACAACGGGCUUAUACAUCAAUAACAAAACCAUCUCUGGUUUAUUGAUUGAGACGUGUUUCCAAAAUCAAUCUCUUUUAUUUACCUUAGAGUUGCACCGAUCAUCAAUACACAAACUUGUCUCACUCAAAUCGAAUUGAUUCAACAAAACAGACAAUCAAAACACACACUUCCUAAAAGAGCCAAAUUACCAAAUGUUGGAAAGAAACCCUAACCAUUUUCCACGGUAAAGGGCUGCGACUUCCUGAACUCACGCUCCGGGAAGGAUAUGGAGAAGAAGAGCGCGAAAGAGACCUAGACGGACUCGAAACUGAGCGGGAAGAAGAUCUGGAACUGGACCGAGAUGACGACCUAGAGACAGAAGGAGAACGACAGCCUCGGCUUUGAGAAUUCUUUUUUCUUCUUUUCUUAGUUUAUAAAUUAUUAAUUAUUAACUAAAUAUUAAUUAAUCUGAGGGUAAAACGGUAUUAAUUUAAUUAAAAUAGUAUUAGGACAUUUUCAAAGGGAAAAGGUUUAUAGGGACGAGAACUCCUCUUUUUUUUACCUAGUUUAGCAAAAAAAAAAAAUCACAUUUAAAAUUUUGGUGGAGAUCAUUUUGAUGAGUGAUCAUAGGUCGUUUUGACAUAUUAUUCUGCUAAAUAGGUAAUAUUCAAACAUAUAAUUUACAAUUAUCAUUUUCCAUGUAAAUCCAAAUUUUUAUGUAAUAAAUUAAUUGUAAUUUAAGAGAAUAUAAAUUUAUUUGUUUUUUCCUGCUAUGAUACUCGUUCUUGUCAUGAUUCUGAUGAGUAGUUCUACGGAAGAAAAAACUGUGCUAGAUAAUAGAUUCAUAUGAAAUGCGAACAAAACAUAUUUUCAUGUAUAAGACCUCCAAGAAGCAAGACGUGGAAGAUGUUGACAAAAUAUAUGUAUAUAGUCCAUUUAAUGAAAAGAAAAGUCAACUCAGCAAGUGCACCAUCAUCGAAGUUGCGGCUUAUGGAGUGCACCACGUGUGUUGUAAACGCCAGACAAUUUGCCGCCGUUUGGAAGAGAUGGUAAUAACAAACUUUAGCAGAGGCGAGAGACUCUCCUUCACUAUUUUCUUGAAUCAUAUUAUAAUGCAACCAAGAGCAUCAACGUUUGUACAUAUACAAAUUGAACGAUUCAAGACUCGUUGAGUUUAUCAUUUUAGUUUACUUUAAUUUUUGGUUUAUGCUAAAAUGAGUGAAAAAGCUGGGAACUCUGCCGUUGAUUCCAAAAGCAUUAGAGACACCAUCUGCAACGCCGGUGCCGGAGCCGCCGCUGGUGCAAUCGCUGCGACUUUUGUUUGCCCAUUGGAUGUGAUCAAGACGAGGUUACAGGUUCAUGGUCUUCCUGAAACUCGAAGAGGUAGUGUGAUCAUUACAAGCUUAGGGAAUAUACUAAAGAAAGAAGGUGUUAGGGGAAUGUAUCGAGGGCUUUCACCAACCAUCAUAGUUCUCCUUCCCAAUUGGGCUGUGUACUUUUCUGUAUAUGGAAAGUUAAAGGAUCUGCUCCAGUCAAGUGAUGGAAAGCUAAGUAUUGGGGCAAACAUGGUAGCUGCUGGUGGUGCUGGAGCUUCCACAUCUAUUGCAACUAAUCCACUUUGGGUUGUCAAAACAAGAUUAAUGACACAAGGAAUGAGACCAGAUGUUAUACCUUAUAAAAGCAUGUUGUCUGCAUUUAGUAGGAUUUUUAGGGAAGAAGGAUUCCGAGGGUUGUACAGUGGCGUUAUACCUUCUCUGGUGGGAGUUAGUCAUGUUGCGAUCCAGUUUCCAGUAUAUGAAAAGAUCAAGCAAUACAUGGCAAAAGUAGGUGAUAAAAGUGUGGACCAGUUAAGCCCUGGGGAAGUUGCGGUCGCCUCUUCAAUAUCUAAAGUAAUCGCCUCUGUAUCAACAUACCCGCACGAGGUUGUGAGGUCCAAGCUUCAAGAACAAGGGCAAGUAAGAAACGCCAAGGCUAAGUAUUCGGGUGUCAUUGACUGCGCAAAGAAGGUGUUUAGAAAUGAAGGAGUUCCCGGGUUUUACCGAGGCUGUGCUACUAACCUACUGAGGACAACACCGUCUGCGGUUAUUACAUUUACAAGCUAUGAGAUGAUCCAUAGGUUUCUUGUACAAGUACUCUCUCCAGAUAAGGAAAAUUGAAGCAAUAAAAACAGAUAAGUUCAACGUGAAAAAAAAACAAACCAGUUUAAUAAUAACAUAAGAUUUUUUUUUGGUCUACAUAAUAACAUAAGAUUUGUUGCCAAGAUACGAGAAUUUUAUAAAAAGGAUAAUAUAAUUUGUUCAUAUAGGAAACAAAUUGUUUCCAUUGUCACAU